UUGUUUCGCCAGCGAUGCGACACACCGUUUACAAUUCGCCCACGAUCCACCUCUGGGUAAGAGGCUGGGGAUGCACGGGGUUCUACAAGUCUAGAGACGCGAGGCGAGUCGAGCAAGACACACUGUGGUCAAAUGUCAAAUCGCACGCUGCCACGGGCAACUUCAAUCCGGGGCGCCGACACGAGAUCGCACCAGGCACAUCGGCGAGGAUGCUAGGGAUCGCUAACCUCUUAGGGCCCCUGCCUCAAGCGCACACUUGAAAAUAAGUGGGCCUACACCGGAUAAAUCCAAAGAGAUGGAUCGAUCUCAGGAGUGCGGAGAACGGCGAAUUGAGACAACAGCAGCUCAAAAUCGAACGGCAAAAAUUGUUCGGGCUGCGUCCAGCCUGGCGACGCGGGGUCCCCAAGAAAGACCAGCCAACGUUGUCUCACCUCGCCCUCCUCUCAAGAGUAGUGCUAGACUGGAGGUGAGCGAGACGGGGAAGACCCGUCACCUUGGCAGCCAACCCACUCUCCGUAAUCCAAAAGCGGCAGGCCACAAGGAGGAGAAGGAGAAGAAGGAGGAUGCCCAGUAUGCAUCAGCCAAGGGACCCAGGAUGCCCCUGGACAGGAAUGCUGGCGCACAGCGGCAGGGACAGGAAUGGUGGCGCACAGCGGCCUUCCGAGGAGGACCAGGACAUAGUCUGCGCAGCUGGCGAGGAGGAGGAGGGGGAGGAGGGGGAGGAGGGGGAGGAGGGGGAGGAGGGGAAGGCUGAGUGGCGGCCCGCCCAGAAGAGAACGAGCGCAUGACGCCACGCGGCACCUGGAGUACUCGCGUGGCCGCGGGCACACGGAGUAAAGCAAAUCCCACGGAGGAGUGCGGCUCAAGAAAAGACCUGCGGACUCCCCUCGGACGGAGGCAAACCACCGCGACGAGCCUCUCGCGCCUGCGUGCCACUGCGACGGCGCCUGGCUGCGCAACUCGCGCAGCCGGGCAGCCAGGCAGCGUGGCCCGCCCGCGCGUGCCGCGCCUGCCGGGCCCGCUUCUGCGAGGGCAGGGCGGCGAGGCCCUCUCCGCCCGCCCCGCGGGCCCAGCGAAGCCCUAGCACCAACAAUACUCACCUCGAUAUAGGGGCGCACAGCUCCUGGCCGGCACGCGGGACGCCCACGUCGCCGCCUGGAGAAGUGUGCACCUCGCGCGCCGCUGCUAUGAAAAUACGGCCGCGCAGGAGUCCUUUGCACAAGCCAGCAAGACUCCGCGCGCAGCACGCGGAGACAAAGAGCCAGAAAGCCGUCUGGCAUGGGUGGGCUCGAGACAAGGAGUUAGCUGUCCUGGAAAGACAAGAAAAACGUACAGAGGUCACUUCUCAGAGGUCCGCGCAAGUAUCUUGCAUCGGCGCUGGACGCCCAUCCCCGGCGCGUGGAGCGCGCCAAUGGCUGCGCCGAAGGCGCCGCCAGGGGGGCACAACGCCGAUUCAAGAAAUCCGUGCGGACCUCAGAGACAUGAUGCUUAUUCGGGGGCACGCAAACAUGGAUCCGGGGAGGUGCCGUCCCCAAAAUGCGGCUGGUGCCGCCUCGUU